AGUUUCAAGGGUCAAACUCUUGAGAGAACAAAAUCUCUUGAUGCCAUUUCUGAAAUAGACCGUGUAUCUAUAUUGACAAACGGUGAAGCUGGUCAUUCCUCUAAAGUUGCUGGAUUUAGAGUUGGGGAACUCUCACUUCCUAAUGGAGAGUCAUAUUGUGGGUCCCUUCUUGGUAACAUUCCUGAGGGUCAGGGUAAGUAUGUAUGGUCAGAUGGUUGUGUAUAUGAUGGUGAGUGGAGACGGGGGAUGAGAAAUGGAUUUGGGAAAAUACAAUGGCCUUCUGGAGUAAUGUAUGAAGGUGAGUUCUCAGAUGGCUAUAUUCAUGGUACAAGAACGUAUAUUGGUCCGGAUAAUCUGACCUACAAUGGUCGAUGGCGAUUAAAUCUUAAACAUGGGUUGGGUUAUCAAGUUUAUCCAAAUGGAGAUAUCUUUGAAGGCUCUUGGAUCCAAGGAACACCGGAGGGUCCAGGCAAGUAUACGUGGGCCAAUGGGAAUGUAUAUUUGGGAAAUAUGAAAGGUGGGAGAAUGUCAGGGAAAGGAACUCUCACCUGGGUAAGUGGGGACUCAUUUGAAGGGAGCUGGCUAAAUGGGAUGAUGCACGGGCUUGGGUUAUAUACAUGGAGUGAUGGAGGCUGCUAUGUUGGGACUUGGACACGGGGUCUAAAAGAUGGCAAAGGAACCUUCUAUCCAAAAGGUAGCUGUCUUCCAUCUGCACAAGAAAUAUAUCUCAAUGCAUUGAGAAAAAGAGGGCUGUUGCCAGAUCUGAGAAAACAGAAACAGGUACAUAUUCAUCAUGCUGCUUUGAGCACCUAA